AUGGCCACAGAUCACACUUUUCCGAUAACGAAGUAUACUAACAUCAAGACAAAUGCAGUCAUUGUAAGUUCUAAAAUGAAUAUUUUCGUAACAAAUUGAACAUUUCCAGUUCUCCAACUCGAUGGCGUUGAAAUUCAAUCAAAAUUUUGGGAUUUUACGAGUUCAAAAUGAAGGAAUCGAGGUGGAGCGCGUAGUUUUCACGAAGGGAUCUCCGAUUCUCAAGUGAUUCCGUGUAAAUCAAUAUUUUAAUCAAAAUAAGCUUUCAGGAUUAGACAAGAAGCACUUUUGGUGUUGAAAAACGCCGAAUUUGACGGUUUUCGUGUCAGAUUUGCGGCGCCAGACGUUCGAUCUCGUUUUUCGGAGAUCGUGUCGAAAUUUAUCACCAUUAGUGAUGAGAAUAAUGUUGCUUCCUUUUGUUGAAAAAAAUAUUAUUUUUUUAGGUGAAUCGACAAGAAAACCGGUCGAAAUCCAAUCCAGGUGAGAAAAAAAUUUUUAAAAAAAUUGACUUUUUUUCACAAGUUUUUAAAACGCGAACAGUUUCCACGGGCAAUUAUUCAAAGAAGCUAUUUUUUUGUAAUUUUUUUCAAGGCUUUUUUUCGAGAAAUUUGACGUGAGAACCUUGUUUCUGGAAAAAAAUAUUAAAAUGUUAAUUUUUUUGUUUUUUUAAAAAAACUUUUUGUAGCAAUCUUCUAGUUUUUUUAUUAAAAUCGUGAAUGAGUUCAAACUACACGUAUUUUUAAAUCAUACAAUUUGUUAGUCGGCGUCGCGACGUCGCGCGCGAUUUCGCGCUGUCUUCCAAACUUGUCAGAAUGCUCUCCACACGCUUUCCAGACAUGCAAAUUCUCGAAAAAGACAUAAUUUUUAAGCAGAUAAUCAAGCAAAACUGUAGAAAAACUCAAAAAAAUAACGCAAAAAUAAGGCCCUCAAAAAUCGUAUUUGGCCAAACAGAAAUUUUCCAACAAAUAAUUUUUUUUUGGUGUAGUUUUUUUCGAAAUGGAAAUUGAAAAUCAGAAUUUUCGGAUUCAGCGCGAAAAAUUUACUCAAAAAAAUCGCUUUCGAAUUUAAAAAAAAUUCAUUUUUUUCAAAAAAAUUACUUCAUUUAUUUUUUUCGUCUUAAUAGUGUUAUAACUUUGUUCUUUUCGCGAAUUAUUCGACAAAACUUGUAUUUUUUUGAAUUUAGCGAAAAAAAUUCUGAACAAGAAACUGUUCACCGAACUUCGGAAAAGUCAAAAAUAACGAUUUUCAAUUUUCUAAAAAUGAUUAUUUGGACCAGCCCAACUUAAUACCUCAAAUUCCAAACUCCGGAAAAAAAUAUAAAUAAUAUUCUUUGAUUUUGAUGAAACUUCAUCCAGUGUGAUAACCCAUCAUUAAAAGUGCGGCCACAACUUUUUGAGCCAUUCCCUCUUACUGUAGCCGGGUUACGGUAGAAGCUGCAUAUCUAAGAAUCGACGAGUUUUCACUAGGCAAGGUGUAUAUCAAUCGAUAGGUGAUAAAAUUUUAGGAAUUUUUUCAGUACAUACCAUCUAGGGUUACUGUAGGAAUUUUUGAGAUACGGUAUUUUUUGUGUAGCGAUGUUGGUUUUUUGGUCAUCCUGUUCACAAUAGUGACCAGAAAAUACUGAAAAAACUGUAAAAACCAAUAAAAAUCAAGGUUUACAGAAAUUUCUUAUGAAAUGCUGAACUGAAUCUUAGAUUUAUAGUGGUCCAAUCGAGUAUUGGCAAAUGGCCGUGCGUUUUUUGCGGUCUUUCCGCGGCUUCGGCGAGCAUCCAAUGCAGCCGAUGCCGGAAAUGGGUCCAUCGGAAGCAAAUCUGCAGCAAUUUGUCGCUUCGCGAUAGAUACGACCGGGAAACCUACAGAUGCCGCGGCUGUUCCCGCCCUGCGUCUGCGUUGCCACCUCCUGGUGAUUAUUGCUCAUGUUAAACUAAAUUCUGCUCAGAAUUUGAAUAUAAUGACGUCAUUAAAAAACCCUCCGCUCUCUGAUUGGCUUGUCGCGCCCUUUUUAGUAGUUCCAGAGUGGUCCCUAUAGUGGAAACCUUAGGGCCCUGGGGGCCUCUCUAGGGAACACUUCACCGACCCCUAUAGGGGCCACUAAGGUCCCUAUAGGGACACGCUAGUCGAAAUUUGUUAUGAACUCUAAGCGAAGAACCAUUUCCAUAGGAAAAACUGAAUAAAUAGGCGUUUUUGAAUGGAAUUAAAAGAUCCCUAUAGGGCCCACUUGAGCUUUUAGGGCUAAGGGGGGUGGUCAGAACCUAAACCCCUAUAGGGACCACUUUUUCGACUCCUAUAGGGACCACUUGAGCUUUUAGGGCUAAGGGGGUGGUCCGAACCUAAACCCCUAUAGAGACCCCUUUUUCGACUCCUAUAGGGACCACUCGAGCUUUUAGGGCUAAGGGGGGUGGUCAGAACCUAAACCCCUUUAGGGACCCCUUUUUCGACCCCUAGAGAGGUUGUUCCACCCUUCGAGGGGUCGAAAAAGUGUUCAAACGGUUCAAAAGUCUUCAAUAUUUCAGAAAAUAUGAGAAAAAAAAAAUUCAUUUCUAGAACAACCGGCAGUUCACGACGUCUAUGCGGAAGCCAGACAUAAUAUGGAGGUUUCGUAAACCCAAAAAAAAUACAUAAGUUUACGGUUUCAGCCAUUUUCCCAGUCGUCUUAUGAGCCUGAAUCUUCUGGCCUGAGCGCCUUCUCAAUGUCGCAGAAGACGACCGAUUCUCGGCUCGACGACGUCUUUUCUCAGCCUUUUUCUCAAGUUUAUGAGAUCCUUUGCUUCAAAUAUAGUUUUUUUAGAAGAAAAAAAUUUAUUUUUUUGUGAUUUUUUUCCAUGUCAGAAAAAUUGUAAAGAAAGGGGUGAAAUUCGGUUUUUUUAAGAGCAGAAAACUUGGAAAAUAUUCAUAGGCAAUGUCGGAAGGACCCUUUUGGGGCCCUUUGAGCGACUAUGGAUCAAUUGUUCCUAAACGGGUGACAACGGUUUCCUUUUUACUGCCUUUUUCCGUCCUUUCGUCGGCCUUUAUCCACCCUUUUUGAACCCUAUUUAGACCCUUUCUGGAACCUUUAGAGCAACACAAAGUUCUAUAAAUUGAGAAUAAUUUUUACCAGUGACUGUGUAUGAACCAAAAUGUGCUACCGUAAUAAAAUCGGAAAUCAUCAAUGGCCGAGACUUUCAGCACCCUUUUUGCACCCUUUUUUAGCCCACCAUGGAAGAAAGGCUUGAGAUAGACCGCAAAACGGAACCCUUUUAGCGGCCAUUUUGCAGUCACUCCCUUUUCGCACUUGCGAAUUUGGUAGUGUUGUUCCUAGUAUGCUUUUUUCGAUGAAUGGUGGAAAAAUAAAUCAUCAAACUUAAGAAAGUUUUUUUCAUUAUUAUCAAAGUAGUUGGGAAUCUUCAUUUUAUUGUUUACCGGAUGAAACAGAUUUGUGCUGUAGUUUCGUAUUGAUCGUCAAAUCCUUCAAAAUAAAGUUUUUAUUCAAGCUGGAAAACGUCUAGGAUAGAUCGAAAAAUUUCCGGUUUAAAAGUUUGGCUAAACCAGUUAAAAAAGACUGGAAUUUAACUUUAAAAAAAUCGAAAAUAUAUAAGUUAUAUUUUUUUCUCAAAUUAAAAAUGGUUGUUCUCGCAGUGUUUUUUAGUGAAAAUCGGUCUGGAAAAGACGGUUUUUUUUUAAUUCGAUAAACUCGGGCAAAGCCGGAAUGGUAGAUAAUGGCCGCUAAAAGAGAGAGGCUCAAAAAAGGUUACAAGAAAGCAGCAAAAACGCCGCAAAAACGCAGCAAAAAGCUCCCAAAAAGGUCGCAAAAAGGGUCCCACUAUCGAGUCUCCCAUUUUUUCUGACUUUGAAGGAUCAAGAAGUAGUGGAAAAAGGGAGAGGCAGCAAAAAUGGUGCGAAAAAGCCGAUGAAAUGGCCCAAAAAGGUAGCAAAAAGGGAACAUUUCUAUGUAGCCUUUUUUUCCAACUUUUUCUGACUUUGCCUGAACCGUAAAAAAAGAAGUAGAUAAUUUAAAAUACAACUUAGCUACCGAAAAUGCUCAUUUUGUAUCAAACUUCUAUCAAAAUCCUUCAAAAAAAUGAAAAAAUUGGGGGUUUUGAAACGGAAUAAUUCGUUUCCAGCAAGAACUGCCCUUCUCCCAGUCUUCCCGCUUCUCCGAGCCCGUUAUUCGCCCGGAAAAGCCCGUUUCCGAGGCUCCUUUCUAUUUCACCCAACCGGCUAAUGUUCCUGAGGCUGUUCUGGAGGUAUCAAAACUUAUGAAAUUCACUCAAAAAAAGGUUUUUUUUAGAUAUCAAAGGUAGAAACCACAGAAAUCGGGUGUCAAACCGACGGUUUUAUGGAAGUCAUGCGGAGGAAUCCGUUGGAUCAAGUGGAAUAUCUCAGAAAAUUGGUAGAAUAUCAAAAUUUUGAACUUGAGUGGUCAUUUAAGUGAAUAUUGGAUAUGUAGAGCUAAAAAAAACACUAGGAAAAGUUCCUAUAGAGGCGACUUAAGGGGCCUUGGGAUGGUCUCCCCUAGGGACCACUUUAUCGACCCCUCCAGGGAUCACUAAAGCUUGCAAAAGUCCAUGGAAAAAGUGAAUAAAUGAGCGUUUUUUGAGUGACCCCUGUAGAGUCCACUUGAGCUUUAGAGACUAAGAGGUCAGCGACUAAACCCCUAUAGGGACCACCUUAAUUUUAGCCCUCUAGGGACCACUUCUUCUGCCCCUAUAGGGGUCGUUUUCCCCCUAAACCUUCGGGGGAACACUCCGUAAGGGCCCCUAUAGGGUCCACUUGAGCUUUGGGUGUUAGACCCUAAAUCCCUACUGGGACCACCUUAAUUUCACCCCUCUAGAGACCACUUUUUCGGUCCCUAAAGUGAUUGUUUUCCCCCUAAACCCUAGAGGGACCACUCUGGAAUUCCUAAGGUUCUUCGAAAAAUACUCCAAGUGAUCACUUGAUUUUCCCUCGGAAAGUGAAAGAAUUUCUCUUAAGUGAUCACUUGGCACAUUUUGAGUGUUCCUUACACUAGCUCACUAUGUAGAAAAACUCAUUUUUAGUGGCUCUUCGUAUAAAAUUUAAAAAAAUCUCUUUAAGUGACCCCUCAGCGCAUUUUAAAAUAUCCCCUUAAGUGCCUACUUUUAGCUAGCCAAUCCGAAAUUCAUCGAAUCCGUGAUCGCUAUGAAAACCCAACUGGAAGACAUGCCGAUCGAAUCUUUGCAUUUUCAGAAGGUAGAAAGGCCGCAUUUGGAAUGGCUCGAGUCGUUUUUGGUGGGGCGCAACUGCGAGCCAUUCCGAAUGCGACCAGUUGCGGCCGACCAAAAACGACUCGAGCCAUUCCAAAGGCGACCUUGGACUUCUGAAUACAAUUUUCCUUCUAGAAACUUUUCAAAGACGAUCUCCAAGUUGAGAAUUUCGAGUUCCAGCUUCAAGAACUUGACACAAAACCGGUAAAUCUGAACAUUUUUGGAAAAAUCAAAAAAAAAAAAUUCUUUUUCAGCUCCUUCAAGAGCCUUCGAAGGUGAAUGAAAAGGUGAGAAGAAAAUAGAAUUUUUAAGAUUUUCAUAUUUUUUCAGAAAGCCUCAAUCCAGAAGAAGCCAUCGAUUGGGAAACGCGUAAGUUUGAAAAAAAAAACCAUUUUUCAGAGAAAAAUUCAAAUUUUCAGCCUUCUUCCACUCCGACCCGCAGGAACGAGAAGCGACAUGCUAAGGAGGUUUUUGGAAAUGAGAAAGUGGUAACUUAAGGGAUGUCAGUUCGAAGUGGUCACUUAAGAGAUGAUAAUUUUGACGGUUUCAAAGAAAGUGGGAAAAGUGAAGAAAUCCUUCAAGUGAUCACUUCAAGCGCUUUAUGUCGCCCCUUAAGUGAUCACUUCAAGCGACUUAUGUAGCCCCCUCACUUCAAGUUUUUCGAAAUGAGAAAGUGUUGAACUUAAUUUUAUGAAAAAGUGGUCACUUGAGGGAUUAAUGUGAUCAUUUUGACGGUUUCAAAGAAAAAUGGGAAACGGGAAAAAGUCUCUCAAGUGAUCACUUCAAGCGCUUUAUGUAGCCCCUUAAGAGAUCACUUGAAGCGCUUUAUAUAGACCCUUAGGUGAUCACUUCAAACGCUUUAUGUAGCCCCUAAAGUGAUCCCUCAAGGCGCUUUAUUAAUCCUCUCAAGUGAUCACUUCAAGCGCUUCAUGUAGCCCCUAAAGUUAUCACUUUAAGCGCUUCAUGUAGUCCCUCAAGUGAUCACUUUAAGCGCUUUAUGCAGCCCCUCAAGUGAUCACUUGAAUCGGUUUAUUUAGUCCCUUAGGUGAUCGCUUAAGGUGCUUUAUCUAGCCCCUAAAGUGAUCACUUCAAGCGCUUUCUCUAGCCGCUUAAGUGAUCACUUCAAGCGCUUCAUGUAGCCCCUAAAGUGAUCACUUCAAGCGCUUUCUCUAGCUCCUUAAGUGAUCACUUCAAGCGCUUUAUCUAGCCCCUAAAGUGAUCACUUCAAUCGCUUUCUCUAGCUCCUAAAGUGAUCACUUCAAGCGCUUUAUGUAGCCCCUAAAGAGAUCACUUCAAGCGCUUUAUGUAGCCCCUUAAGUGAUCACUUUAGGGCUUUAUGUAGACCCUUAAGUGAUCACCUUAAAGAGCUUUAUGUAGUCUUUUAUGUAUGAGUAAGAUCUAUUAUUCCUUAAAGGAUCACUUGAGACUUGUUAGAACCUUCCAAGCUUUGAAGCAAUUUGAAGUAGUAACUCAAGAGUUUUUAGUUGAAGUGGCCACUUAAAGGAAAUUCUGAGAGUCAACUUAAGGGUAAAUUUUGACUGGUCGUUUAAAAUAUCCUCUACGAUUGCAUUUGAAAAGUUCAAAGCUGAGUAAUGUGUAAAUUUGAAUCCGUUAAAGGAUCACUUGGCUCCUUUUCAAGCCAAAAAAAAUGUGAAUGUGACGAUUUUUCAGGGCAUCAACUACAAGGAGCCUUCAAUUUAUCAAAAAUUUAACCUCUGA